AUGCCUACCUACGGCAGCCAAACCUCCAACACCCUCCGCCCCGGCCGUCUCCUCCUCACCUUCGUGGGUCUAAUGACAAGCUUCGCCUGCUUCAUCGCCGACUGGAACGAGACGCACAUCUACAACCCGACCUGGCCGCCGCACGCCAAAUUCCACAACGGGCAGACCAUGAGCAUGGGGCUGCUCCUCGGCCUCGCAACGCUGUGGUACACCUACCGCCCCGUUGGCUCCGCCAGCCGUGUCGACAGGAUCCGCAAAGACGUCAAGGAGGGCGACGCGAGGAAGCAGUGGGCGCUGGAGGUCGAGAAGCAGAAGGAGAGGAUGAGCUUGGACACGGCGGCUGUGCUCGCGAGUCUGUAUUGGAUUACGCAGCUCAUGGCUUUUGCGUACCCGGAUGUGGCGGCUGUGGAUCCGCCGGGAGAUCCGAACGCGCUGCCAGUCCAGCUUCCGAUUUCGGGGGUGCUGCUGGCGUGCACAGGGUUGGGGUACUGGCUGGAGGCGCAGCGUUUGAGUGCAUAG